GGGAACUGGAAACCGCGUUCCAUGGGGGAAACCAAGAAAUUCUCUACAGCUCCACAGCUCAUGCUCUCAGCGCCAUCCAUCUGGCGAGGUUAACGCAACGAUGAGCAAGGAGAAUCAGACAUUCGUUUAUAUUGAUGGCAAGAGGUAUAAUUGUUCACAAGACGAGGCAGUUGACCUAGAUGUGGCCGGCAUUGGUGUCAUGGUUUCCUUCUGGGCUUCUGCAGCGAUUACAUUCAUAUGCAUUAUUGUUGGCUACCUUAGAGGCACUCUUCCUGGUGUUCCGCAGAAUGAGGCAGACAGCCUGAUUAAGGGUCUGAUACGACAACCCUGGACCUGUCGCGAAACACUCUUCAGCUCCAGACCAAUCUCAAAAGCGCACGAUAAAAUACCCAGAGCAGAAAGCGGCUCACGGAUUGAAGAAGCAUUCGAGAGCUUCCUGCUCUCGUUCAGCGAUCAGCAGCUUGUCACCGGUCUAGCCAUGUUGGUGUCUAUGUUCAGCAAGGGAGAUAUCACUAUAUACUCGUUCCAGCUUGCUACAGCUGUUGCAUGGUUUUCAUCGACGAUACACCUUGCCACGCUGGUCGUCUUGAGGAGGUUUCUUCGCCGGAACAAAUGGUCACGGAUUCUCCGAGUUUCGAUAAUGCUCGUUGUCGUGGUUUUGCUUCUGGCCGCGAAUUCCAUAAGUGUGACAACCGAUCUUUCACAUUCGCGAAAUCGACCUUCCGAUGCAAUUUUCUGCGCUUACAGGAAGACAAAAUAUAAGGGAGUCGACUUGUUCAGCAUCAUCUGGUUGGUCUAUGCCUUCACGACGAGAGUCAUCCAAGUUUCUGUUCCUGAGCCGUCGGACACCUCUCGCCAGCGCAUCUUUGAUCGCUUCAGAAACCGACUUGGCAACAUGCCUACAAUUCGGGACCGUGUCUCUAGCAGGAUUGCCGCUUUGCGCCAACAAGAGCACCCCUCAGUAUCGACAAAGUUUCACUUGGCUUUUAGCGCCAUAUACUUCGCGCACAUAGAGUUGUCGUCUAGUUUUGCGUGGCAGGUUAUCUGGCUAACUUUCAGUUUCGGCUAUGGGGUCCGAAUCUCUACGGACAGCUGGAGUUUCUGCUACUCCAUGGCUGAGUACUGGCAGGACCCGAGCUCAGAUCCAGCAAGGUGUCUGACGCCGGCAUUGCAGAUGGGGUUCGGACAGAUUGUCCCCCUUGUUCUACUGGCUUUACCCGUGCUGUCUUUCGUUGGGGCAUUCUUCGGCGAAACUACAACCACCCCGGAGACUGCAAACGCGACUACAAACGCAACUAGUCCGAUAGUGGAGGGAGGAAAUCCUGAUCCAGGGAAUCACACAGAGGCGGAAAGCUCAAACUUUGUUGAUCCUGAAACCUCGGCCUUCAAUACUAUUGCGCAGCAAGCUCCGACGAACAGUGGUGAAAGGUUUGGUAUAGCAGAGCCAACUGAAUCACUUGAUGACAGGGGGAAUCUGCCAAAUCCUGAUCCUUACGAAUUACUUAUGGUCAGAGGGUUUGUCAUCUUCCUCUGCUCCAUAUAUUUCGCCUUCGUUGUAUUGUUGGUGGUAAGCGGCUUGAAUCUGGCUACACUUUCGAUUUUUGCUAUGGAUAUUCUCUAUCUUCUUGACGAAGCGCGUGCUUUUGCUGUUGCGUUGCACAUUGUGCCUUUUGUGCUUAUGCGCCAGGCUAGGGGGCGUCAAAGGGAGGAGUCAGUUUAAGGUGAUGAGCAUAAUCAGAGGAAUCACCUACUAGGAUUCGAGGCAUUGGUCCUCUCAUCCACCAAAGUUGUAACUGCCUCGCAGAGCCAUAUGUUCUGUCUUUGAAAGCUUGCUUCUAGCAUCCCGAGAUCCAG